AUGGCUUUCAAAGCCCUUCUUGAACAGCGUAUCUGGGGCUGGAUGAGGUGGGAGAAGCCGUCCUUUACCUUCAAUACGGUACUUCCGGACACCGUCAUAGGCCAGACUCUCGACCCGAAGAACCAGGGUAUCCAGAGUACCUGUGGGAUGGUCAAGUGGCUGUGGGACGGGGUGAACCUGGACGUAUUGGCGCAGCUGCAACCGCAGUGGCACCUCGAUACUCGCGACGCCGGUCUGCUCUACGUAGUAGCUAUGAUCACGCCGGGUGUCAACGGCGAGAGGCUUUACGGCUUCGGAGACCGGUACAGCUGGCCUCGUAUCCGGAAGAUCUUGAAGAACUUGUACCCGGAGAAGGGAUUGCCCGAGCUGGAAGAGAAUGUUUGGGACUAG